ACUGCAUAUCCCUCUUAGAAGAAGAAAUGUAAAGGUGAUGUACUUAAGACUAGAGGUGAAUCUGUUUCCGAGUUUUGUAGUGAUCUGGGGCCGGGUUGGAUUGGAUCAAAGGUGCAAGAGGAAGUGGCUAAUCAAAGACUGAACUCCCUGUCAUACGGCUUUGGUGACAAUGCCGCGUCAACACACCGCCGUUUCAGAAACUGAGUGAAGAUGCUCUUGGACGCCGGACCACAGUAUCCUACGAUAGGAGUGACUACCUUCGGUUCUUCCAGACAUCACUCAACAAGCGAAGUCACCGACAGAGAAGUGGCUUUGGGGAUAAAUCCGUUUGCCGAGGGGAUGGGUGCUUUCAAGAUCAACCACAGUACCCACGAUUUAGGGUCUGGACAGACGGCAUUCACCUCGCAGGCUUCGGGAUAUGCGGCUGCCGCUCUGGGACAUCACCACCACCCCGCCCAUGUCAGUUCAUACUCUACGGCGGCGUUCAACUCCACCCGGGACUUUCUGUUUCGAAAUCGGGGCUUCGGGGAUGCGGCGAGCGCUCAGCACAGCCUCUUUGCUACUGCUGCAGGCGGUUUCGCGGGGCCGCACGGGCACUCGGAUGCCGCGGGACAUCUCCUUUUCCAGGGACUUCACGAGCAGGCGGCCACUCACGCGACAUCCAACGUCGUGAACAGCCAGAUGCGCCUGGGCUUUUCCGGGGAAAUGUACGGCAGAGCAGAGCAGUAUGGUCACGUAACGAGCCCCAGGUCCGACCACUAUGCUUCGACCCAGCUGCACGGCUACGGCCCCAUGAACAUGAAUAUGGCUGCACACCACGGAGCUGGGGCCUUCUUUCGAUAUAUGAGACAACCGAUAAAACAAGAGCUCAUUUGCAAAUGGAUUGAGCCGGAGCAGCUAUCGAAUCCAAAAAAGUCUUGCAACAAAACUUUUAGCACGAUGCACGAGCUGGUCACCCACCUCACAGUGGAGCAUGUUGGAGGGCCGGAGCAGUCGAACCAUAUCUGCUUUUGGGAAGAAUGCGCCCGUGAAGGAAAGCCCUUUAAAGCCAAGUACAAACUUGUGAACCAUAUCAGAGUACACACCGGAGAGAAACCGUUCCCGUGCCCUUUCCCCGGCUGUGGAAAAGUGUUUGCCCGAUCGGAAAACCUGAAAAUCCACAAAAGGACGCACACGGGUGAAAAACCAUUUAAGUGUGAGUUUGAGGGCUGCGACAGGCGGUUUGCAAACAGCAGCGACCGAAAGAAACACAUGCACGUGCACACGUCGGACAAACCCUAUCUUUGCAAAAUGUGCGACAAAUCAUACACGCAUCCCAGCUCCCUCCGAAAACAUAUGAAGGUUCACGAAUCCACACACGGAUCACAACCGUCGCCAGCGGCCAGCUCAGGGUACGAGUCAUCCACGCCGCCAACAAUUGUGUCUCCAUCGACAGAGAACCAGAGCGGCAGCUCCAUAUCGCCAGCAUCAUCGACAGUGCAUCACACGACCAGUCACAGCACGCUGUCAUCAAAUUUUAAUGAAUGGUACGUGUAAAAUACUAUAUAAAAAGACUUCAGACUAGGACUGUUCCGAAGCAAAUUUAAACUAAUCAAAUACAUAAACGUGGACCGAAAAGGCAAAAAAUGAAGAAGCCCAAAUCUUUGUAAAAUGGCAUUAAAGCGAAUUAUGAGCAAUGCAUGGACUCGGGAAAACGCUGACUGCCAGUUUUGAAAAUGAUUUUUUGAAGAACUGCUCGAAGGAUUUCGAAGUGCAUGACACACCCCCGGCUCGCGGCCUAUUUUGUACAUAAAGAUUUACUAGAUUAAAAAUGUAAUAUUUUAUUUUGUAAAUACUUAUAUCACAUUUUAAGGGAAUGUGUGAAAAUGUGGUCCCUAGAUUUAUGGAAAAUUGAACGGUUUUAAAGAAUUAUGCGAAUUUUAGUGUUGGCUGAUCAUAAUGUUAUAGUUAAUGUGUACCAAAUGUGAAUGACUCCGUAUUACUACAGUCUACUCGUCGAGCUAACCGACUAUUAGUUUUAAUGUGCUUUGUAUACAGUGCAACCAUUUCGUCCCAAGUCAAGUCUGAAUAGCCCAGUAAAUUGUUGUUAUUUAAUGUCAUGUCGAUAAAUCGUAUAGUGAAAGCCUGAAACUCCGUGUCAAUCUGUUUAUGUAAACAUUGAUAAAAUAAGUAUUUGUUCACUCCCUUGGCUAUUGCAAAAAAUAAUAAAUGUAUAUAACUUAA